AUGGUCAGAGAUGUAUGCCGUAAGCACACUAUCCACUGCCCCAAGAAACAAGACCGGGAAACUGUUCCACACCUCAAGCGCGGCCAGAAACCCAAGGCAUGCGACGCCUGUUUUCACAGCAAGCAGUCAUGCGAUACAUCUGAUCCCUGCGUCCGAUGCGUCUCUCGGAAACUGCCAUGCACAUAUCACCGGCUGGAGGAAAGCAUUUCAGUCAUCACAGAUGCAUCUUCCACACCAUCUUCGUCAUUGGACACUACGGCGGUGGACACACCCGAUACUGACAAGGACCGCACCAAAAUUACGGUUGCUUUCCUUCUCGGACUGACAAAUCCAAAUUCGGAAAACAUCCUGGAGUUCCUCGCCAGCGAAGCAGCUGCGAGAACCGAGGGUGAUGGGAUCGAUCCAACCAUGAAGGGCAUGCCUACGCAAUAUCCUCCAAACAUGCUAAUCGAUGAUGAUUUCAACUUCCUCCCCUAUGGCUUCCCGUCAACAUUCGCCCCUGAGCUGAUUGACUUCAAUGCCUUGAAUGUCUUGUCAGAAAACAUACUCUCCAACGCGACCGUGUCCCCUUUUGUGCCAGAAAGCUUGGAACUACAGUCAGCUGAAAUCAUCUCAGACUUACAAGAGCUUCAUCAGACUAUGGUCGUCACAAACCAAUGGUAUGACGGUACCUUCGAUCUCGACACUGCCACCUCGGUGCUCUCUGCAGGAAACUUGUGCCAAUUUGCUGCAACCUACUUCCGAGUCAGUCAUCUUGACUUUCCCAUCGUUCAUCGGCCAGACUUUGGCAAUGACGAUACAACCAAACAACUCCUCUUGGCUGUUGGACUCUCUGGAUCUCUGAGGUCACCUCCGAGCGACGAUGUCCUCGCAGCUCGUGGGUAUCUCAGUCUUGCCGAGGAGUAUAUCUUUCGAUGCCUAGAGCGUUUGAUGCCCCCAGGCUCUGCACCCGAGUUCACCCAUGAGCUCGGGGAGACCUUGCAAGCAGCUCUUAUGAUUCACUCGCUUCAGUUCUUCAGAAACGAUGUAGCGACACGGAGAAAGAACAAGACCCAGCGACUUCCGCUGCUUGUAUCGGCCGUAAGGGUUCUUGGCCUGGCACAAACCAAACAUGCCCCCAUAUUUCAAUAUGAAGAGUUCGUCCGCAAUGAGUCGAAAAUUAGACUGGCAAUUUGGACGGCGGUGGGGGACUGGCAGCAAUGCGGCAUGUCCAAUACUCCGCCAUCGAUGACGCCUGCAGAAUUGACGUGUGAUCUGCCGAGCCCCUUGGAGCUUUGGGACGCCAAAGAUGCAGCAGAGUAUUAUGACGCGGCAAACGCUCUCGGAGCCGAUGGUUCUAGGAGGAUUUGUUCUGUCAAACAAUGCACCGACGCGUUGAUGGCCGAGAGUUGGGUCGGCAUAGGAAGUUUCCCAUUUCAGGACAUCAACGGAUCCGACCUACAAUUGUUGAUUUAUGCCCUCAACGCCAUGGUGGCUUCGGCCACUCUCAUGGGUGUCUUACCUGCGUGUGCACCAGCCCUGCUACGUGCCAUCUCCAGAUGGGAAGUCAUGUGGGACACGAUCAGGGGCCGCAUAGACCCCGCCGCAUUUGAAAGAGUAGGCACGAUCCGGCAUAAUAGCGAGUUAUGCUGGAUUGCCAGGAAGCUUAUCCAUGUUGCCAUAUCAGGAGACAAAAGCUCCGCUUACAUGCAAAACGUUGGACAUGACUCUCUAGUGCAACUUCACGAGUUCGUGCGCCAAUACCGCGAUAGCUGA